UUUCACUUAACCACACCCUUUGAGCCAUGACGCACGCCAAUAAGAUCCUUUCUCUUCAGUGUAAACGGAAGUGAACAGUGACCACUACAUUUUCCACUUCAGCGUUUUUAUUUUUGUUAUUUAGACGUUUAUUAACACCAUGCAACUCAAAAUAUUACUAAUUUAACUGCACGGCAUCACAUACUUCCCCAGGUAGUGUUUAAUUCACGUUGGAGACAGGACUUGGUUAAUAUAUGUUAUCUAGGUAACGCUAGCUAGCAAGGAGCUAACAAUGGCUAACUGUAUGGUUUUUCACACUCAAAUAGCCUCCAUCAUGGAGGUACUAGCGAAUGCAGCCGUGGCAGAGAUCUGUAAGCUCGUAGACGACGACUAUGCAGUGAUCCGUUUGGAAAUAACUCAAAGCCAGAAAGAAAACAGGGCAUUGCGGAGGAAACUACAGCUACUGGAACUGAAGAUGGCACGGGAGCGCGCAGAGCGCGUCCUCGCCAGUCGUCCCAGUAGUGUCAAGAUCCUCGACCGAUACAGAGGAAUGGCAAGAGGUGAAGGACAUCUCACUGGAGGCCACAGGAGCUUUGUGAAGCCAGCGGUGCACAAUACAUGGAGAGAUGACCAACCAAUCACUGUUGAUGAGGGGAGUGAAACCUCAACCCAGCACAUUAUCGUGAUAGAGUCUGCAGAUGCAGAGGCUGCAGGUCCUGGGGUUAAGCAGGAGAGUUCUGAAGGAAAGGAGCUACAACACAGCAGAGACAUCCAGACUGGAGCAGCGGCUGGAGUAGCACCCCCUGUAGCCACGGAGGACUCUACCACCGCCCCAGCGCAGCCCAGGACGCGACGCAGCAUCACGGAGGUCAGUGGAACGCUGAACGCCGUCCUCAAGUCAGAGACCGACACAGAGACUUUAACUGUAACACAAAGGCUUUUGCACACAGGAUCUGACCACAGAUCAGACCCUGAGAGACUGGGGCCACUGGGCUGUCCUCCUGCUCCCGGCUCAGAGUAUUUACUUUACGGUAACCCGAGCAUGAGGACGGUUCAUUCCCAUCCGGACUCAGGUGACGUGUUAGAGACUGGUAAUGAUCCGUCUUGUUCUUACGUUACAGGGAUGGACCCUGGCAACAUGCCAUUAGGUUUAGAGACACAGACUGAUCUGUCUAGAGGGGACUGGAACCAGUACAGUAGUAGUGUAUAUGCUGAAGGGUGCGUAAAGGGUCUUGUCGUAGAUAAAGUGACUGUGAAAGUGGAGGGCGAUGUUCCUCCCACAUGGAAUGCAGAUAGUCACCUAGGAGACGGACACUCACAGGGCAGAGAUUUCUUAGAAAAUAGGGAAAGCUUAGAGACAAAUCCAAAUGUCGCGACCCACUCCCCUUUACACGCAUACAGCGGUCACGACCCAGUGUCCACAUCGAUGGGGCCUUCCGAUUCAAACAACCGUGUCCGUUUCGAUCAGGUAUUGAACUCAAACGACAGAGCUAGAGCCCAGGCUCCGGGAGUGGGAGCAACAUCAGGCAAUAUUAAAGAUAAACGGUUCCUCGACAACUUCUGUAACAAAGGCUUCAGCUGCACCCAGAAGUUGGAUAUCCAUCAGAGGGCCCACACAGGGGAGAAACCCUUCAUCUGUACCCAGUGUCAUAUGUGCUUCGCCCAAGCUGGCACCCUGAAGAGGCACCAGAGGGUCCACACAGGGGAGAAACCCUUCAAAUGUACCCAGUGUCACAUGCGCUUCGCCCAGGCUGGUGACCUGACGAGGCACCAGAGGGUCCACACAGGGGAGAAACCCUUUAGGUGCCCCCAGUGUGAGAAGAGGUUCUCCCGCCAGGACCAGCUGAAGAUGCACCUGAAGAUCCACAUGGAAGAAAGGCCGUUUGCAUAGCUACCUCAGAGUACACCAGCAGAAAAAACAUACCACUCUAUAACAUAGAACAGGGGUAGGCAACCCUGGUCCUGGAGUGCUACAGGCACUUAAGUUUUUUGAUUUAACUGAUCUGGAAGCCCAGGUGUGUUGAAUUUAGGCAAUCACUGAACUGAUCAAUUAGCUUAGUUGGUCAGGUGUGGUGCCCAGUUGUAACAACCCUGACAAAGAUUGUAACCAUUUCUACUUGAUACUGUAGCUUCUGACGUUUAGAUCAAACCUGCAUUAAAGACAAAGCUGAAUUUUCAUUGUUGUCAACAGAACAGAUCCACAGAUGCAUUUGGAAUAACAAGACUAACAGAUUUUACUGUUGAAUAUUCCUUAGUAGAAUAUUGCAUCCAAACAUUGUGUGAUUUCUAAGGCAUAUAUAUAAGCCUUAAGUCCGUUACAUGUUGUGUUUGUACUGUGUAGGAUAUGAUGUGUUUCAUUACUUCCAUUCAACUACUUACAUUUUUUUCCUAAGACACUUUUAAUGAGAAAAUUCAUGUAGAUUUUUUUUGUUGAGACGUGUAUGUGUGGUUUUCAUAUGGUGUAUUUAACACUUGUUUAUGUUUAGCCCUUUAGACUCGUACCUACCUGUACACGGGUUGAAAGUGGCAGAUUUGGGCACUGAUAAGCACCUAAAUUGUAACGACAGUGGCUGUACAGUAACAUGAUAUAAAUUACGUCAGUGUUCAGGCUCUGUAUGGGUUUUGACUGACAGCUGUUCUGAACUUGAGCACAACACGUGACAAGUUGCACCCAUCCCUCCCACUAAUUGGGCAACUUUUUGUUGUCUGAAUGAAGGAAAUGCUGUAAAUUAAGAGGACGCUAUGUAUUUUGAAAGAUGAGAUGUUAAGGAUUAUAAUAAAUACAGCUUUGUUGUCAUACAAGCAA